AGUAGAUUGGUAGAAUAGUAUUCAAUAUAGACUUGGUGUGAGGUUUUGGAGCCAUUAACAGUUUAAUUGAUACGAUUUUAUGAAGAAGUGGGUUUUUAGCGAUUUUUUUUUGAAGGAGUGGAGACUGGGUGAGCAUCUAACGGAGGAGAGAAGCGAGUUCCACAGGAACGGUGCAGCCCUCGAGAAGUUAUGAAGGCGAGCAUCAGAGGUGGGUGUACGGACAGAAGAUAGAAGUAGGUCUUCAGCAGAUCGUAAGGGCCUAGACGGGACAUACUUGUGUAUUAGGGAGGAUAAAUAGAUGGGAGCAGCAUUAUGUAGAGAUUUGAAAGCUAGAACCAGAAUUUUAUAUUGAGCCCUAUACCAAUGCAGUGUCAGGAUUACAAGUUGAUCCAGCACACAGUACUCUGUCACACCUAGGAUUAAAGGAUAAUUUAUAAUAGGACCUGAGAAUGGCCGGACUUAACAUCUCCAAGAAUAGUCAAAACGAUGAGGUAAAGUCAAAAGUCAAGGAUACCAGAAUUCAGGGAAGUCAAAUACCAGAAAAUCAAGAUCAGGAACACACUCUCGGAUUACCAUCAGGAUGAAACCACAACAGGGCAAUGAGCAAGAGGAGAAUUGGGUUUAAAUACCCCUCCUGUGGAUCUGAUUGGCUGUAACUGGCCUUUGACCCCAAAAGCAAUUGCCAGGUUUCCAGGUGCAUGAUUGCUUCUCAGCACAAACCCUCCUGUGGAUCUGAUUGGCCAUAAACGGCCUUUGACCCCAAAAGCAAUUGCCAGGUUUCCAGGUGCAUGAUUGCUGCUCGGCAGAACUUUUCCUGUCAGGAUGGUAAUGCUGCUCGGCAGAACUUUUCCUGUCAGGAUGGUAAUGCUGCUCGGCACAACUUUACCUGUCGGGACGGUAAAUGCCAUUAACAACAUUAUUAUGUGCGGAUGAAUACAUGACACGCACGGAUUGACAGAGGGGUGAGGUGUGGGAGGUGCUGGCGGACAGGAAGAUGAGCCUUGCUGCCGCAUUCAUUAUCGACUGCAAUGGGGCGAGUUGGGAGCACGUCAGACCACUGAGAAGCGGAUUGUAGUAGUCAAGGCAGGAGAGGACAGUGGAAUGGACCAGCACCUUAGCCGACUCUGGCGUUAAGUAGGGGCGGAUGCGCACAAUUGGGGUUAAUGGCUGCUCGGUGACGUAAUGACAGCGAGGUUAUUGGCUGCUCGGUGACAAAUGCUUACAGUGGGAUUAAUGGCUGCUCGAUGACGUAAUGACAGUGGGAUUAAUGGCUGCUCAGUGACGUAAUGACAGUGGGAUUAAUGGCUGCUCGGUGACGUAAUGACAGUGGGAUUAAUGGUUGCUCGGUGAAGUAAUGACAGUGGGAUAAUUGGCUGCUCGGUGACAAAUACUGACAGUAGGAUUAAUGGCUGCUUGGUGAUUUAAUGACAGCGAGAUUAAUGGCUGCUCGGUGACGUAAUGACGGGGGUUAAUGGCUGCUCGGUGACGUAAUGACAGCGAGGUUAUUGGCUGCUCGGUGACAAAUGCUUACAGUGGGAUUAAUGGCUGCUCGAUGAUGUAAUGACAGUGGGAUUAAUGGCUGCUCGAUGACGUAAUGACAGUGGGAUUAAUGGCUGCUCAGUGACGUAAUGACAGUGGGAUUAAUGGCUGCUCGGUGACGUAAUGACAGUGGGAUUAAUGGUUGCUCGGUGAAGUAAUGACAGUGGGAUAAUUGGCUGCUCGGUGACAAAUACUGACAGUAGGAUUAAUGGCUGCUUGGUGAUUUAAUGACAGCGAGAUUAAUGGCUGCUCGGUGACGUAAUGACGGGGGUUAAUGGCUGCUCGGUGACGUAAUGACAGCGGGAUUAAUGGCUGCUCGAUGACGUAAUGACAGUGGGAUUAAUGGCUGCUCGGUGAUGUAAUGACAGCGGUAUUAAUGGCUGCUCGGUUACGUAAUGACAGUGGGAUUAAUGGCUGCUCGGUGACGUAAUGACAGCGGGAUUAAUGGCUUCCCGGUGACGUAAUGACAGCGGGAUUAAUGUCUGCUCGGUGACAAAUGCUGACAGUGGGAUUAAUGGCUGCUCGGUGACGUAAUGACAGUGGGAUUAAUGGCUGCUUGGUGACGUAAUGACAGCGGUAUUAAUGGCUGCUCGGUGACGUAAUGACAGUGGAAUUAAUGGCUGCUCGGUGACGUAAUGACAGCGGGAUAAAUGGCUGCCCGGUGACAGAUUAUGUUAAAGGCAUAAAUCGCUUCUCGAUGACGUAAUGACUGUGGGAUAAAUGGCUGGUCGGUGACAGAUUAUGUUAAUGGAAUAAAUGGCUGCUCGGUGACAGAUUAUGUUAAUGGCAUAAAUGGCUGAGAUGCACACAUUUAGUGUGAACUGAUAUUGUCAAAGAUUUUAACAGAAUACUACAGCCCCAGGGCGUACUUGAAAACCAGAGUAAUCUGAAUAUGCCUUUCCUGGUUAAAUACUUUGUUAUUAUUAUUAUUAUUAUAUGGACUGUGAUCAAAGGUCCCACUAAAGUCACCCCUGACAUCGCAGUGGCCCUGUCAUUUUAAACAUUCUCAGUAAAACAUUGCCGUUUUGAAGGAUGAAAUAUACCUCCAGUGACUGUCUUCCAAUCAGCCGCUAGAGGAGCUCCCGCUGCAAUGACUGAGUAAAUCUCAGAUGUUGUGGUCCACAUUGAUUCAUUACCUUCCUAUGGGCUCGCCAUGCAUGUGCAUCAAGUCCCCAAUGCUUCUCUAUGGCACGCAUUGGAUUGGUCUAUCACCAAAGGAGCCAUGCCUCCUCCAUGACAUCGCUGGAGGAGGGGAGAUGAGCUGGGAAAAUUGGUAAGUAAAUUCCUCUAUUUUAUUCUUUUUAUGGCACAAAUGAUGUACCACUAUACCUAGGGAGAGGGACACUAAAGCAUUAGGAAUCCAGGUUUGUGUUCCUUUAAGGGAGAUGACCAGGGAGGUUCUGGCAUUUAAUGUGUGGAGUGUGAGUGCUGAUUUAUCUCACUUAGAGGAUUGUGUAAAACCAGACACAGAUUGUACUCUCACAUCAUGGCAUUAAAUAUUCUUUUAUCUGUUCUGUGGGAAGGUGGAAGGGGAGGUAUUCAGAUUACAUUGUAAUUUCGCCAUUUGGAUUUUAUUCUGUUAAUGAUUGAAUUGUAUACUUUGUUGCUGCAGCUGAAAUUGCUGGGGGCGUAUUAAUGUACCAGGUUUAAAUUUAACCCAUAGAUGGAAGAGCGAAAUAUCCUGAUUCUGUUUGGGAGUCAGACAGGAACUGCCGAAGACAUGGCAGAGCGAAUCUGCAGAGCGGCGAAGAGGCGACACUUUAUUUGCCGAAUGGAAGCUCUGGACAGCUACAGUGUGGUGAGUGACAGCGCAAGAGCACGCUGGAGGCAACCACCAUAUAUCGAAGCAGAGGAGGCCAAACCAGUACAUAUUAUGUAAUUUCCUGAUCAUAGGAACACUAUAGCGUUAGACAUGCAAGUGUGUUUUCUUAACAGUAUAGUGCCCUGUUAACGGUUUAGGUUCCCUGCCCCCCUUUAUUGGAAAGCAAUGGGAGACUAGUGCUCAUGUGCGACAAAACGCUGCACUGCGCCAGUCCGAUGCUUUGUGUAAUGGCACCCCCAGGCAUAAAAGGGUUAAACCGCCAUUUAGGAGAUCUUCCCCUCCCAGAUAUACAGGCACAGCUACUGCAGAACACAAAACUCCUGAACCGCAUAUAAGGGAAAGCUCUGAACUCCCCAACUGCAUACAAUAUAGCACUCCAAACUCCCGAACUGGAACCUCACGAAUAGCUGCUAGCAGACGAAUAGGAAAAGCACCCAUGCGGCUUACAUUCCUAGCAAUCAGUCUCUAUCAGCAUACAGUAAAUCCCCCCCAAAGACAAGACAAGGCUCCAUGUUGAGGGUCAAGCAGUGGUCUAUUUAAUGCAGGUAUUUAUGCAGUAUUUAUGCAGGUCUCCCACCUGGUGGACACUCCCCUAGGGGACCAAAUGGGAGACUGGGACACAAAUAGUACAAUGACCAAUCACAGGCAGACAUGGUUAAAACACUCCCCCAAUACAUUACAAUCCCUCCCCUCUAUCCUGGAGAUAAUUGGGAAGUAAUCCAAUUAUCUCCAAGGACAGAGGCAAAACUCCAUUACCCACAUGGUUACAGUAAAAUACUAAAACACAAUAAAAUACACAAUAUUACAUUUAUCACACAAAAUAUAUACUUGCAACCCAUCCCCAGAUAGCUGGGAUCUGAGCGCAUAAAAGUACUGAAUAGCGCUCAGAUCCUAUGCACACAGUCCAAUCGCCGUGGAGUUAAAGUGUUCACAAAGUCUGUUCUCCAUACGAAUAGACUCCACGGAUGGCUAUCUGGGGUAUGGUGUAUUCAGGUACAAACUAUCGAAUAUAGGGCCGUUCGUGCACUUCUACCAAACAAGAAGGGAGGUCGGCGGCUUCAGCGGUUUUUCGCGCCAAAAUGUAUCCGUUUUCAGUUCCGUGAGUUGGGCGUCGAACACUGCUGUGCGUUCGCGUGUUUAAAAUGGCCGCGACCUCGUGUUCGGUAUACGAAUGGCGGCCACCCAGCAUUCGUCAAUUAAGCUGCGGUUAACCGCAGCUUCUGGGGGGUUAAUUGCUGACACACUCCAGCUCCCAGGUGGUCCAGUCAUUCGUGUGUUAGUUUGGUAGAUUGAAUCUACCGAACACCGGGCAGAAAGGCACGAAUAAGCCUUUUCUGCAGGGGAAAAAGAAGGCUUUUAACAUGGGGCCAUAAUCCAAAGGCAACAGGCGAGCAAACAGGCUUCUCCAAUGCAAUGUGCCGAGAUUGGUCUCGUCACUCUUUGUAUGAGGCCAUCUGCUAGACAUGAGAGUUUUACUUGGCUUAUUCUGCAGAAGUGCCUCCAGUGGCUGUCUUGUGUGACUGCAUAUUAACCCUGCAAUGUAAAUAUUCCUGCAGAAUGGCAAUGGUUAAAUCAAGGGGAACAUGGCACCCAGACCACAUCAUUGAGAUCCAACAUUGACAUGAAGUGGUUUGGGUGCCUGUAGAGUCCCUUUAAUGUCAGGAUGUGAUGAAUGCUUUACCCUAAUCAUUGUCACCAAUGGAUUCAAUGUAACUAAGCUGUAAUGUUUUUAUGUCAAACGCUGGGUAGAAGCUGAGGUUGGACAUGUUUUCCAGUUUGUAUAUUUUGACUAAAAAUGUACCAUUUCCAUGUAAAUUCUCCACCACCCCUGCUUAGUGAAUAAAGCCUUAAAGGCACAGUCCAGAUCCCUACGGCACUUUUAUCUGUUAAUUUACUUAUUUUUAUUUGUGUGGAAGGUGGAGUGGAAGCACCUGGCAUAUAGCGUAGUGAAGGAAUAAGCCAAAUGUUAAAGGGACACUAUAAGCGUCAGAACAACAGGUACAAACUAUCGAAUAUAGGGCCGUUCGUGCACUUCUACCAAACAAGAAGGGAGGUCGGCGGCUUCAGCGGUUUUUCGCGCCAAAAUGUAUCCGUUUUCAGUUCCAUGAGUUGGGCGUCGAACACUGCUGUGCGUUCGCGUGUUUAAAAUGGCCGCGACCUCGUGUUCGGUAUACGAAUGGCGGCCACCCAGCAUUCUUGAUUUAACUCCUAAAUGGCAGAGAAUUGAGCAUUGAGACUGCAGGGCCAUAAUCUAUACACCAAAGUGCUAAUGUUAUUUUGUUGCUUAUAGUGUCCCUUUUAAAACAAAAUAUCGCUUCAUUUAAUGUUGCAGUGUCCCUUCCUUUAUGACAAAUUUAAACUUUGAAACAAAUAGUCUGAUGCAUUAAUUCUUUCCCUGACCAGAUACAGAACUUAUACUGAAAAUGUAAAGCCGAUUAUGCAAAAUAUUUAAUAUUACUGUUUUACAUUUUCAGUAUGAGUUCUGUUAUUUACUAGAAUAUUAUCAUGCUGGGCAGAGGCAGUUUAUACUCCAACUCAUCAAGGUUAGAUUUUUUUUAAACUUCUCAAUUGCCUAAAAUGAUUGUCACUCCUUUCAACUUUAACUUUAAAAUAUAGCCCCCUGACAAGCAGUGGAAUUGGAAAGUCAUCUUAGAAAAGUAAUUUUCAGAUUUCGAGCUCAUGUGCAGAUAUUGGGAUUGAAUCCUUCUCUCCCUAUAAGAGCUGCACUUUCUGACUGUCCAAGUGUUCACUUUCAGAUCAGCAAUGUACGGUGUUAAAUGCAGAAAUUCCUGCUCUCACCAGCACGGUUUAUCUGUAGCUGAGAUAUAUCGUCUGUCUACCUAACCAGGGGACAGCACAUUGAAACACUGUGGGACCUGCAGCUGAUAAAUUGUGUCUCAAUUAUUUUCUCUUGCAGGUUAACCUUAUAAACGAGCCGCUAGUUGUUUUUGUCUGCGCAACCACAGGACAAGGGGACCCUCCAGACAAUAUGAAGGUAGAUUUGAACAUCUGCAGUAGCCUAUUAAGGGAGAAUAACGACGCUCGGGGGAGAAAGAGAACUAAAGGUUAUCGGGGGAAAACUCUCCUCUAUUCCAUAGCAAUCUACCACUCCCAUGGUCCUGAGCCAGGACAGUACUUUGUACUUGGGUUGCUAGUUUUCUGCAUUAAUCCCACCCAUUAAUCCCACCCAUAGUUCUCAUCCUUCUCACAACCAAAAGCUGCUGAAAUAUUUCCUGGGGUGAAGCAGGCAGUGCUAAAACACACUUACAUUCUAAACAGGGUAUACAGCGUGAGCAACCCAGACAGCUUCGCAAGCAAGCUCGUACAGAGAAUCAUGGGACGUUUGAAAUCAGCAUCAGAUGCCAGGAGAUGCCAGCACACCGUUGCAAUUAGUACAAAUCAACAUAAAAAACCAGAGGCAAUUAAAUCAUAGAUCAUCUGAUAUGUAACUUUAAUUAAUGGUUAGAAUUGAACAGACCAUUCCUGUUUAACAACAUUUGGAGCAAACACACAUUGCCCACUGGUUAAAUAAACAUUCAGCUAAUACUGCCACCUAAUGGUUGGUGGCAAGAAUAACAGCUACACAUACUAUUUAUAUACCUUUGGAAAAACAACAAUUAUUUAUUUAGCACCAACCUAUUCCGCAGCGCUGUACAAUAGAUAAACCAAGACAAAGAAUUCUGACAAAACAUGUUUUACAUACAGAAACAGUAGGUGAUGAGUGCCUGGCCUAACGCGCAUACAAACCUGGAAUAGUAUCACUUUAUGGGAUAUAAUAUAUAAUCUAUGUCCUAAAUGUGAUGUUUUAUUAGAUAAGAUGAACACUUAGUGUUUAAAUUAAGUUAAAUGAUAUAUUUAUGAUCCCUGAUAUACUUAUUUAAUGUUUCAUUUUAGAAUUUUUGGAGAUUCAUUUUUCGGAAGAAUCUACCCCAGAACUCCUUGUGUCGGAUGGAUUAUGCUGUGCUAGGUCUUGGCGAUUCCUCGUACCCAAAGUAAGACAAUAAUAUUAACUAAUUACUUCAGCAUGUGUGGCUGUUAAUUUGUGGAAUACACUGAGCCGGGUGGUUACAGUGUAACAUGUGGCUGUUCUAUACGUGGCAGAUAUUGAGCCUGGCGGUUACAGUGUAACCUGUGGCUGUUCUAUACGUGGCAGAUAUCGAGCCUGGCGGUUAUAAUGUAACAUGUGGCUGUUCUACACGUGGCAGAUAUCGAGCCUGGCGGUUAUAAUGUAACAUGUGGCUGUUCUACACGUGGCAGAUAUCGAGCCUGGCGGUUAUAAUGUAACAUGUGGCUGUUCUACACGUGGCAGAUAUCGAGCCUGGCGGUUAUAAUGUAACAUGUGGCUGUUCUACACGUGGCAGAUAUCGAGCCUGGCUGUUCCAGUGUAUCAUGUGGCUGUUCUAUACGUGGCAGAUAUCGAGCCUGGCGAUUACAGUGUAACCUGUGGCUGUUCUAUACGUGGCAGAUAUUGAGCCUGGCAGUUACAGUGUAACCUGUGGCUGUUCUACAUGUGGCAGAUAUCGAGCCUGGCACAUCCUCCUACUAGGAGGAGCCGAAACGUUGGGGGAUUGUUUUUGACUCGUGUUUCUGCCCAGAUAGGCUUGUGGAAUUUGGUAAAUAUACCUAUAUAGUUGUUUAGCCUAUGUGGUCACUAUUCUAUUAUAUAUUGUAUGUAUUUUCUAAACUUGUAUUGCAAUAAAUAUAUAUGUAUAGAUAGAUACUAUUGUAUCAGUUGGUGUGCAUUCCUUGUUUUUUGAGUUAUUAUUAUAUUGGUAUUUGAGGGAGUACUGCUUUGGAAUAGCACCCUUAACUAUAGUGGCGGUUAUAUUAAGUGUCUCUCCACACGGUAUAUUUUGAAUGGCGGUUAUAAUGUAACAUGUGGCUGUUCUACACGUGGCAGAUAUUGAGCCUGGUGGUUACAGUGUAACCUCUGGCUGUUCUGUACGUGUCAGAUAUCAAGCCUGGCGGUUAGUGUAACCUCUGGCUGUUCUAUACGUGGCAGAUAUUGAGCCUGGUGGUUACAGUGUAACAUGUGGGUUACUCUGAGUAUAAACUAUGUUUUCCUCCAGAUUGUAUAGAAAUGUAAUGUAUGUCAGACUGUUAAACUCUAUUUAUUCUCAUUCUCAGAUUUAACUUCGUCGCCAAAAAGCUCCACAAACGUCUGGCUCAGCUCGGAGCCAAUCCCAUCCUACCGGUAGCCCUGGGUGACGAUCAGCAUGAACUGGGGUAAAUACUACAGCUUCUCCAAAAUAGAAUAGAAUCGAAUCAUUCACCAAAAAUGAACAAAGCUGCAAACGUCCUCCAUUGUUUAAUUCCUUUUUUAAAUUACAUGUGUCCGCUUUUCAAAAUCUGCAAACAAAUAAAGUGAACAGCACACAAAUGGAUGUAUAAUUGUGGAUUAUAUCUUAAUUACACCUAUCACACCAAUGCUGUAUUACCUGAGCCGGUUUUCCUAAUGGGCUCAUAGAAAUGUGAGUGUGAUACUUUAAAGGGAUGCUGUAUUCCUGGCACUAACGAUCCCCCUCCCCGGUAAAUAAAGGUUGUUUCUCGGCGCUGGGUCGAAGCUCCGCCACCUCCUCCGUCCCACGACGAGUGGGUUCUAAUGCACUUACGCAGCAAAUGCCAUGCGCGCGUUAGACCUCCCCAUAGGAAAGCACUGAAUCAAUGCUUUCAGAUGGGGGAAAAUCUGAUGUUGGAGGUUCUCAUGCAGAACAUGAGGACGUCCAGCGUCCAAUAACGGACCAAAAGUCAGUUACGAUUCCGGAAGCGCCCCAGUGGACAGUCACUGUAAACAUUGCAGCACUAGGUGCAAAAGGAACACAGCACCCAGACCAUUUGAUUUAGCUGAAGUAAUCUGGGUGCCUACGGUGUCCCUUUAGGGAAUAUUCUUACCCAAGUAAUACGUGGCUGCUAUACUACUUCUGUUUUCUUAGUCUCUGCAGGGAUAAUCAUUCCAGACCUUUUCUUAUAUUUUAGACCAGAUACGUUAUUCACAUUCAGGAGGAGUGCAUGUUCUGAAUUAAUUAAGUUAUAAUCCACAGUUAUAUAUUCAUUUUGUGCGGUGUUCACUUUAUUUGUUUGCGGUGUUUUUUUUAUUAGUGGAAUUACCGUAAUUGGUUCCGGAGUGAUAACUAGCUGCGCUUUGGCUCUAUUGCACUUUUUAAAUCGCCAUUUAUUGCCCUUUAGUCUUUUAUAUUCUGUUUUUCCAAAUCUGCAUCUGUACUGUCACAAUGUGAGAGACUACGAGUCACGUUUGUGCCCCUUUCUGUUCUUGUGCAUAAAAACCUUGGAAAUCUUCAGGAAAAACCAUAGUGAAGAUAAAAAUAAUCACCUCUGACAGAGCCGUUAUUUAUCCAUAUUUUCCACAGUUUAUACGAGCGGUAAGUAGAGGACAAUUCAAUAUAUUGGAGGUAUUUUAUAAAAGGAAAAAAAAAAGUGCGAGCUCCUUAGCCAAGCAAUGUGUUUAGACAUUCCCAAAGUCCAGCUUUUAUGACCAUAAAUAAAUAAAUCAUGUUUCACGUAUUGUCCUGCUUUGGAUCUGGUGAGUUGCCUGCUCGGUCAGUAACAUAGUGACAGUGUACCUUGUUUAAUGAAAACGCUCGCAGUAUAGUAAUCUGUAUUUUGUCCUUUCAAGACCUGGUGCAGUAGUGGAUCCGUGGCUACAAGAUCUGUGGAGAAAGGUUCUCUACUUAUAUCCACUUUCUCCUGGACUGCAUGUAAUCAGCGAUGACGUCAUGUAAGUAGGGGGUAUCCUUGCCAUGGUGACCUGGAUGUUCAUGAUUUCUAUUGGCUAUAUAUAUUGAGUGACUCACAGGAAUCCUAUAUUAACCCCUUUCGUGGUUAGUUACAUUUCAUAAUUGCAUUACUCCAUCAGCAGACCUGUUACUGUGUUACACAGUAUGUAUGGAUAAGGUGACAGUAACGUGUGGUGCUUAGAGUGCCUGUUUAAGCCAAAAAAUAUCUUACCCUCCGAUCUCUGAUUCUAAUCUAGAACAUCAUUUAAGGUAAAGCGACUAAUCUUCCCAAUGUUUCCAGGCUGCCAGCUAAGUUCUCUCUCCGAUUCCUGAACGACGUUUUGGCCCCAGAAGACAGUAACAGAGAUAACAUUCCAAGGACCAGGCUUCCUGAAGGAGAAACCCCCUCUGAGCUGAAUCCGUUCCUGGCUCCCAUUUUAUCCAAUGAACGUGUAACAUCAGAAGAUCAUUUCCAAGAUGUGCGACUCAUCGAGUUUGACAUCACAGGCUCCGGGAUCGAGUGAGUUCUCACGUUUCUUUCACCGCCUCCUUACCUCGACAUGUUUUAAUAUUAUUGCAGAAUAUGGAGUCAUUUCAUGACUGCAUGUAUCUAGAACCAAACAACACGCAGUCACAACAGAACAAAAACAGCAGGGGUGUGCGUAGAUUAACAAAUUCACAAGGAAUUGUAAUCGAAUGUUAAUCAGGCUUAAUUACACUCAUUAAGAUACAGUGUGUUACGCUCAUUGGUAGACAUAUCUUGGGUAUAGUUUCCGUGAAAUGACCCUCCCAUUUUUGUCAUCACAAGAGCUGUCCCCCAAUUAGAUAAAUAGGCUAUUAGCAUACUGAUCAUUCCAUUAAUGGAACCCAGCUGAACGUGGCAGCAGCACAUUCUCACUAGAAAUAUAAGAGAGAACCCAUCUAACUGAGAUACAGUGUGCACAGACCAUGUAAGCAGCUGCACAGACUGCGAGGAGAACAGUUAGAAUGUAAUUAUAAGAUGUAAUGUACAGUGUAAGAUACAGGGCAGUGCUGGUGGUGUGCCCCUUUAUAAGGUGAUUUAAUAACCAAGAUGUAAUAUACAGUAUAAGAUACAGGGCAGUGCUGGUGGUGUGCCCCUUUAUAAGGUGAUUUAAUAACCAAGAUGUAAUAUACAGUAUAAGAUACAAGGCAGUGCUGGUGGUGUGUCCCUUUAUAAGGUGAUUUAAUAACCAAGAUGUAAUGUACAGUGUAAGAUGCAGGGCAGUGCUGGUGGUGUAACCUUUAUAAGGUUAUUUAAUAACCAAGAUGUUAAUCAGAAUAAAAUAGAUUAUAUUAAUAUAGGAAAAAUACAUCAUCUACACCCCAGCCUGCUACCGUGAUCACACAAAAUCAUCUGUUUUAUGAACAUGUUCCCUGUCUGCCCAAAGUCCCAGCUGGUACUUGUGAACUCCUGAGUCGUACAGUGAAUUUUCCACAUGUCCCCACUUGACCUGCAAUUUUCUUUUUGCAGUUUUUCUCCCGGGGACGUGGUGAUGAUCCAGCCACAGAACUCCCCCCAGCAUGUACAGCAUUUCUGUAGUCUGUUGCGGUUGGAUCCAGAUAGGCAUUUUGUGUUGGAAGCCAAGGAUUCAUGUGAGUGCAAGAUCCACACUGUACUUUAUUACCUUGUCUCCAAAGAUCAUGCGUGGCGGUCGGUUACAUUAGUAAAUUUGUGUGAUUAUGCUUUCUUGUCUUUCAGAUAAUGAAAUCCCAGUGAACCUCCCGCAGCCAUGCACAGUGCGAUAUCUGGUGGAGCGAUAUCUAGAUAUCUGCUGUGUCCCUCGCUGUUCCUUCUUUGAGCUUUUGUCCAAUUUUUCUCCAGACGAGCAGGAGCGGGAGAAGUUGAAGGAGUUUAGUUCUGCUGCCGGCCAGGAGGAACUCUAUGCCUACUGUAACCGCCCACGGCGCACCACGCUGGAGGUAAGGGGCGUCAUACAAAAUCGCAGCCCGGUUAAAUGGUCUCUAAGCAAAUGUGUGAUCUCUCUAAAUGAUUAACGAAUGUCUUCAAACCAAAUUAUUAAAGGACCACUAUAGUGCCAGGAAAACAUACUCAUUUUCCUGGCACUAUAGUGCCCUGAGGGUGCCGCCGGGCUCUAGGGGGUGAAAGGGGUUAAAUUUACCUCUUUCUCCAGCGCCGGGCGGGGGACUCUCCUCCUCCUCGGCUGUAUGCACAUGCGCGGCACGAGCCGCACGCGCAUUCAGUCAGUCCAUAGGAAAGCAUUUUCAAUGCUUUCCUAUGGACGCUGGCGUCUUCUCGCUGUGAAAAUCAAUGAGACAGCCACUAGAGGCUGGACUAACCCUAUUAUAAACAUAGCAGUUUCUCUGAAACUGCUAUGUUUAUAGAAAAAAGGGUUAAACCUUGAUGGACCAGACACCCAGACCACUUCAUUAAGCUCAAGUGGUCUGGGUGCCUAGAGUGGUCCUUUAACUAAAAUGGAUCUUUUUUUUUUAUUUAUGCAUUUUGAGAAGUUAGAUUCAAUGACAGCCGUAUCUGCGACUUCCUACCAUGGAUCUGAGAAGCCAGUUGUAUAAAACUGGAUUUAUGAAUAAAUAUUCAAACACUCCCCAACUUUUUCAUGUUAUUAUGAUUUUUAUUCCUCUAAACAGUCUUAAAUGACUCUCUGUCAUUACCUGUUUUGAAGGAAAUCUGUCAUCUCAACACUAUUUUUUUAAUACAAUAACCCUUUCAAGUUUGGAAAGUAAAUAGAUUCUUUGUUAAAAUAAGUAUAUGAAAACAACAACAACUUUGUUUUCCUGCACUGUAGUUCCCCUUUAAGCUGCAAUGCCUGAUUACUACCUGUGUCAGACGUGGAGGAUCUCUGGAACAAGCUGCUCGUUUGUGAUUUAAGACUGAUUUCCACGUUUAAUUCCGCAAAUUACCCUCAAACCUGUGUAAAGCAUUAUGAUAUCAAUCUGUCCGAUCCACUGAGGAAAUCUCAUCCAAACAGGUUCUACAGGACUUUCCUCAUACAACCUGCAGCAUUCCUCAUGACUAUUUGCUAGACCUCAUCCCUCGUAUCCGUCCGCGAGCUUUCUCCAUUGCCUCUUCCAUACAGGUGAGAUAUACAGGUAUACUUCCAUAGUCGGGAUCUGACAACAGGUCUCUGGGCAUCAGAUAGGAUCAGCUGAUUGGGUGUAAUCUCCUGAAAUGUGGGGUUUAUCCAUUAAACAAGGAACUUGGGAGAAUUGAGAAGAGAAUUAAAUUUUUAUGGCAAAACAGCUGAAUUAGAACGCAUUCUCUAUUUUUCUUAUCUCAGAUAUUUUAAUAUUUGCAUUUCUCCUGUCAAUCCUGCACAAUUCUAUAUACAGUGAAUAAUCCCCGUCUGUGUUUGCUUUUCUGCAAACAUUGAUUUUAUCCUGUGUUGGAAUAUUCUAUGUGAACAAUAUCUAAUCUCCCAGCGAAAUAACAUGAAGAAUGAUCUCCAUAAAUGCUAUCACCAGAACUUUUAUAAAUUAAUUCUAACAAGGGUAUCCACUGAUAAUUCAAAGUGAAUUUCAAAUUUGGCUCAAUUCUCUGCCAUUUAGGAGUUAAAUCACUUUGUUUAUGAACCCUAGUCACACCUCCCUGCAUGUGACUUACACAGCCUUCCUAAACACUUCCUGUAAAGAGAGCCCUAUUUAGGCUUUCUUUAUUGCAAGUUCUGUUUAAUUUAGAAUUUCUUAUCUCCUGCUCUGUUAAUAUCUUGCUAGAUCCUGCAGGAGCCUCUUGUGUGUGAUUAAAAUUUAAUUUACAGAGCAGGAGAUAAAACUUUUAAAGUAAGUUACUUUUCCAGUUGUUUUCAUUGCAUGCUGUGCCAGUCACUGGCUGUGGCUAAGGCUGCAUAAACAGAAACAAAAGUGAUUUAACUCCUAAAUGGCAGAGAAUCGAGUAGCAAGACAGCAGGGACAUGAUCUAUACACCAAAACUGAUUCAUUAAGCUAAAGUUGUUAUGGUGACUAUAGUGUCCGGUUACAUUUGAAAUGCAGACACCUUACUUGGAGGACAUUACAGGCUAGUUUUGCAAUAUAAACUCCAUCUUCUUACAUCUUGAACAGGCACAUCCCAACAUAAUCCAGAUCCUCGUGGCCGUGGUACAGUACAGAACCAGACUACAUGAGAGCCGGCGUGGCUUGUGCUCUACGUGGCUGGCGUCUCUCCGGCCACAAGAGGGUGAGUGCCAUGUUAUCAGAAUAACAUAUUGUAUAAAGAGCCCCUCUUGGCUGUGUGACCCACUGAUCUCUACAUCUCUAUCCUGCACAGGGGAGACUCGGGUCCCUCUCUGGGUAAAGAAAGGCAGCAUGACAUUUCCGUGUGACACCGAUAUCCCAUUGGUGAUGGUUGGACCUGGAACUGGAGUUGCCCCAUUCCGUUCAGCCAUACAGGAGCGGUCUGCCCGCAGUGCAGCAGGUAUGCCAGAGGAAUGGGCAAUGCCCCUCCAGAAUUCUUAUUUACAGCUACGUGUAGGCAAAAAACAAAACGCUAAGCUUUUCUUAACGAAUGGAUUUCCUUCCACACACCACAAGGAGCACUUUUCAUGUAACAUGCAGCAGAAUUGUGGAGGGAUUUGUGUCCAGGGUGGAUCUGGUAGCUCUCUUUGUUACUGGAAGGUGCCUUUAACUCGCCGGUUUGCUAUUAAUUCCAUGGAUAUGUGGGCAGGUUAUAAAGCUGCCGUGGUCGUAGUCUAAAUCAGCAUUUUCACUGCUCUGCAGCUAUUGGCCAGAAGAUCGGAAUUUUAAAACAUGACAGGAGGCGAGUAUUUUGCUUAGAAUUUCUGUAAUAAACUCUACAGCAGCACUAAACAACUAGAAAAAAAACAUUAACCAAUCAGAAAAGGCAUAGGAGGCAAUAUAAAUCCCAAAUGCAGCAGGCACCUCCUCUUUCUCUGCUGCUCCCUCAAAAGCAAAGGUCAGUGUCUCUCUUCUCCCCGAUCUUGCAUUUACACUAUUCUUUAUUGUAUUAGAUUGUCUGUUUUCUCCUGAUUUGGGCUUUAUUUAUUGCAUUUUAUUAUGCCCAAUGUCCCUUUAUUCGUCUGGCUUUUUCUUCUACUCUCCUCUGUAUUGCUUUGUAUCCUGCUUUAUCUUCUUUCUGCCAUCAUCUUCUCGCAUCAUGUCCGGGGGGGUGGGGGGGUUCUCAUUUUGUCUGAUGGUUCUUUCUUCGCUCGCACAGGACCGUGGUAGGUUGUCUCCCUUCAGACCAUUCCCCUGUGCGGCAGCCAUUUGACUCGAGAGAGAUUGGGCUGACAUUUCCACAGACAGCUGGAUCCUACAGACAGUGAAGGUUUACGUUAUCGAAUUUCAACAGAGACCAGUACAGGAUCACCUGCUGCCCCCUAUUCGGUCUUUAGUGGACGAACAAAUUUAAUCGAUGCACAGAUUCAUUGAAAAGCAGAAGGAUCAGCGCUGUACAACCAAAUAGAAAAGAAAAGGCUGCAGCAACCUAAAAGAUGGGGCUCCCUCAAAGACCCAACAGAAAUAGAAUAAUGCAGCUAAACAGGAAAAGGUUGCGCCAAUUGUGAACAAAUGUGUUUAAAAUAUUAAAACAAAUAAAUAAAGAACAAGUAGCAAAUAUAAAAGUCCAAAGUCAGUGUGUAAACUUGCAAAGGUAGCAGCUAAAUCCCUUUUCAAACUUUCUUGGGAACCGUAUAGAUAUAAAAAAUAAAGCCAGUAGUGCAAUAUGUUCCAAUAUUAUGUGGUACUUUUAACCCCUUAAGGACACAACAUGUGUGACAUGUCAUGAUUCCCUUUUAUUCCAGAAGUUUGGUCCUUAAGGGGUUAAAGUGCAAGUCUUAUAUAGUCCUACUCACGUUUUAUAGAGCUAAGACCAGCUCUAGUAUGAUGGGCGUACAGUGGUAUAAUGCCCACUUGUAGGAUACGUGUAGUAGUGUAGUCAGCAGCACGUCUUUCACAGCGGUACAGGGACCAUGAACCCAAAAAUGACAAAAAAAAUAAAACAAUAGUGCUCACUGUGUACACUAAACCAGGAGUAAUAAUUAGAAAUAAAUGUGCUCAUAUUUAAUUGAGCAGACACACCGUUCAAUGAAUAAGGCGUGGUGGUAUAAUCCCCACCUAUGAUUCUUUUGUGAGAUCCUCUCUGGAGUGAUGAACAGGAUGCCAGACAAAAAUGAAAAAAAAAGCUAUAAAAAUGGCACAAUCACAGUAUAAAAGUAGCCAAAAUCACUUUAAUUAAAAUGCUUUAAAAUCCACAACAUGUUUCACCACAUAGGACUUUAUCAAGUGGAAGCAACAGUUUAGUGUUUUAAUAUUUUAAACACAUUUGGCGCAACCUUUUCCUGUUUUGCUGCACAGAUUCAGUGCCUGUUCUCCAAAGUCGCAGUUCAGUUUGCUCUAUUCGACAGAGGACUUUUCAGCAAUGUUUUCCUGGUCAGGAAGAAGUCACUUCAAGAUGAAAGACAUCCAUCACUUGCAGGACUUGCUUCAAGAAAAUAAAUGGUUCACGCUUCUGGACUCUUUCCUGUCCAUUCCCGUUGCCCACGAUAGUCCACAUUAAUCGUUCUUGCCAGUUCACCUGUCUCCCAUUCGCAGUCAGUUUGGCACCAUGGUACUUUAUAAAACUAUUGAAACCAGUGGCAUUCGAUGUCUGCUUUGUGUGGAUGACAUCUUGCUGUUCUGCAACAUAGUAUCUCGACUGCACUGUCAGACAUGAUUUGCCGUGAGAUUUCGCGAGACCUUGUGCUUUGUGGUGAGCUGGGAGAAUUCGUCCCUGGUCCCCUCACAGGAGGUACACGUUCUAGGAUUUUAGAUCAAUUCUAUUCAAUGUGUUCUACGGUUACCUCAGUCAAAGAUCUCUGCAAUACGGAAGGAAAUAAGAAGGAUCUUCAAUAUUCCCGUUGGCUGCUGGCAAUGUUAGUCCAAUCCUAUUAUCCUCCAUCAAGGCGACUUACUUAACUCAUGUUUUAGUUCCUUUUACGUAUUUUUUUGUUUCAUUGUGACCUUCUUCGUGUCCCGGUGACGAUGUUGGCUGAGGAUCUCGUUUAUCGGAAAUAUCUUCCUUUUCACCUCGUUCUUUAGCUGCUUUUUUAUGUUGUGCUGUUGGUGGUUUAAUGCUUGUUUAUUCUAUACAUAUGCCUUUUCUGAUUGGUUAAUGUGUUUCUAGUUGUUUAAUAAGCUCCGCAGCAACACUAAAGAAAGUCUAAGCAAAAUACUCCCCUUCUGUCAUUAAUAAAAUACGAUUACAGGUACACUAAAGCAAGCAUAAUCUACAAUUGUACUCAUUAGCCAUUGUUUUAUUAUUUACUCAUUCGCCAUUGUUGUCUCUGUGGCCAGUGAAGUGUCAGACUAGUUUGGGACUUUCUUUCUCUUUCAGAUAACUGUUUGUUUUUUGGGUGCCGAAACAAAUCAAAAGAUUUCUAUUUCCAACAAGAAUGGGAUGGUCUGGUGAAAAGAAAUAUUCUGACGCUGUUCACUGCUUUCUCUCGAGACCAGGUGAGAUUGGCAGCAUUAUGUUCUACUGUCACCAAGGGAGAUUGGCGGCAUAGCUUUCUCCUGUGACGGGUGAGAUUGGCGGCGUCAUUUUCUCUUGUGACGGGCAGGAUUGGCGGCGUAAUUUUAUCAUGUGACGGCCAGGACUGGCGGCGUAGUUUUCUUCUGUGACGGGCAGGAUUGGCGGCGUAGUUUUCUCCUGUGACGGGUGGGAUUGGCGGCAUAGCUUUCUCCUGUGACGGGCAGGAUUGGCGGAGUAGCUUUCUCCUGUGACGGGCAGGAUUGGGGGCAUAGUUUUCUCCUGUGAUGGGCAGGAUUGGCGGCAUAGCUUUCUCCUGUGACGGGCAGGAUUGGGGGCAUAGUUUUCUCCUGUGACGGGCAGGAUUGGCGGCGUAGCUUUCUCCUGUGACGGGAGAUUCGAAACAAACACAUCUCAAUAGACAUAGUGAGUUCACUAUUAAGCUCUUUGUACUUACCCACAACUACUUUUUGUUCAAUGGAACAUACUACCACCAGGUGCAGGGAACUGCUAUGGGGACAUCCUGUGCGCCCUCAAAUGCCAACUUGCACCUGGGUUGGUGGGAGGAAAAAAUGGUCUUUGCCGAGCCCCACAAUAGGUUUCCUGGAAGAGAGACAUCAUGAUUAUUUAGUCCGGUAGUCAUGAUGAGUUUUAUCUCUUCGUACAAUCACUCAAUCAGAAUGAUUUAAACUUGAGAUUUACCGCUGAAGUGGGGAAACCUGCCCUUAACUUUCUGGAUUUGACUUUGACCCCUGGUGAUAAUGGCCUAAUUAAAACAGAUUUGUAUAGAAAGAACAUGGCCACCAAUAGCCUUCUUAAUUGGAAGAGCCACCAUCCAGUCCAGCAAAGAAGGGGCAUACCCACGGGGCAGUAUUUGUGCCUUAGGCGAAACUGCUCUGAUGUUGAAGACUUCAAGACGAGCAAAAGAGCUAUGCUUCAUAUUUCGGUCUAAGGGCUCUCCCAACAGGACCCUCAAAAAAGCGUAUCACAGAGCCCACUUAACAGAACGGGAUAGUCUUGCUAGGGAGAAUUAUUCCCCCUUCGAGCAUAGAAAAGUGGAUUCAACACAGCUUAGAUGCAUUGCAACCUAUGAUGCGGGUUGGGAUCAGGUCAAGACCAUCUUGAAUCGCUAUUGACCAUUGCUCAGACAGAAUGAGCAACUCAAGGAAGUUAUUCCACCUUAUGCCUGUAUGGUAGCGAGGAGAGGUGAAAAUAUUAAGGACUUCCUGGUUCAUAGUCAUUUUCAACAAUCUAACUCAAUAGCACCCUAUUGGCUAUCUAAUAAAUUGGUAGGGACGUACAAAUGCGGCCGGUGUCGGGCAUUAUAUAUGCAAAGACUCUAAAGAAUUUACAAAUAGUUCACAGACUGAGACUUUCUACCCAAAAUCUUUUUCAACUGUAAUAUGAAAGGAGUGGUAUAUUUAAUUAUAUGCCAGUGCAGUAUGCUAUAUGUAGGGAAGACGUUCAGGCCGUUUAAAAGAUGGAUUCUGGAACAUAAAAACCAAUAGAAAUAUUGAGACCCCGAUCUACAGACAUGUUAAAACCUUUCAUCAUGGAGACCAUACUGUACUUACAUUUCUGGGCAUUGAGUUGGUCAAAUUGGACCAAAGGAGAGGAAACCUGGAUAAAAAAUUAAGGAGAAGGGAGUGUGUGUGGAUCUACCGCCUGAAUACCCUGUCGCUGAAGGGAUUGAAUGAAGGGUUUUCCUAUUCAUUAGUGAUCUGUAAUUAUACUAAUUCUUAUUAUAUAGGGUCUUUAUUAAUUUUGCAACACUGUUAAUAUUGUAUAGCACUUGUACACACGUGACUUCGUUUAUUUUAAUUUCAAGGCAUUUAUUUAUUACCUCUGUAUGAGAGAAGAUCAACGAAAAUAGUUUGUGUUUUAUUAACCCACAGAAGUUCAGGGUCCACUUAGAGAUCUUAUGGUAUGAUUAUGAAACAUUCUACCUAUCCCCAAAUUGUUACCAUACAGAAUAUAAUAAAAUAUUCAUCAUCUGACAUAUCAGACGUCUACGUAAUUUAGCCACAUUUUGAGAGUACUCGAUCUAUGGCCGCACAGAGAAAGUACCGUAAAUUAGCAAUUAAAUGAUAAACACUGGGUACAUUUUGAGUUUAUUUUAGCCAGGCCGUAGAUCACAUCCAAUAUAUAUAUCUGUACCAAGGCAAUAGGAAUUUUACCAUACAAUCCAUAGAAUAUAGGGACCAACAAUGGUAAAAUUCCAUAUAUGAUUAAUCUUCCAGUGGGAGAUGGAGACUAAGUCAUCCAUGCCAAAGAUUAUAUGGCAUAAAAAAAAAAAAUAUAUAUAUAUAUAUAUACGUAUCUGAAGCUCUACUCCGCCCACCGAUUAGUAAUUUUUUACCACACACCAGAUGUGUGCUCAUGCAAUGCUUUGGUAUAACUAGUAUGUAGAUUGGAUGAUGUUGUACACUGGGAGUGUAUUCCUCUUAUGGAAAGGUCUUUCCUUGUCAUAAUAAAUAUUUUAUGAGAACGAAUAUGUAUACAUCUGUCAUGCCUUAUUAUAAUAGGAUUCUACCUGCGAAAACCUAUGGGCGUUAUAGCUCCGCCCAUGAAGGCAGAGUCAUAGAUAUUCAGAGCGUACAUGCCCUUUGUCCGGAUCUGCUUUGAUUCCGCCCACAAAUUAGGUGGGGCAGAACAAGAUCGCUGCCCAUUAUAUCGGGCUUGCGAGAAGCCAUAGACAAGGCAGCCCUUCCCACUAGGGUGGGGAUUUUGACGCAUGUAUACUCUGGAUUAGUUCCGCCAUCACUUACCAUGUGGGGCGGACUAAGAUCACUGUCCACAAGUAUCGAGCCGUUGACAUCAUAGGUGAUCAUGGCGCGGAUCGAUAACUGUCCGCCCACAUUAAGGGGAUUGAGGGAACCCACAGGCAACACAGCUCAGCCCAUAUGGGCGGUGAAUUGUAUCAUGGGAUGGAUAAAGACCGCCUACUUACUAGUAUUGAGCUUAUCAGAAGCCACAAGUAAAAUAGCUCCGCCUCUGGGGGUUGGGAGACAGGCUGACGGAAUAUGUAAGUCCUCACCUGGAGCUGUUUAGCCCCGCCCACACAUUAGGUGGGGCGGAUUAAGAGCACUGUCCAUCGGUAUUGGAGCAAUUAUGGACAAAUGAUGGAGGAGUGUCCUAUUAUCUCUUUCAGGUGUAGCAGGUAUACCUCCCAUAUUUACAUGAAUUCUAUUGGCUGUAAGUGAACACAUACUAAGGGGAUAGUGUGUUUUCUAGGAGCAUGAGGGAUACUAUAUUAGCAUGGACGUUGCCUAGACUUAUGAUUUAGAGAAGCUGGAGAUCCGCUCAUGCUCGUUUACUGUCCCACUAGCCCUCAUUUAAUUUCCAUUCAGAGAUCUUGUUACAGUUCUCUAUUGCUGUAUUAAUGUAAUUUUUUUAAUUACUUUAUACCCCCAGACCACCUUGUCUUUUGGUAUUAGCUCAGCGUACCGCUUAGGUGAAAUACCCAAGAGCUAUUCAGUCGGUGUUUUGGAGGAAUUUUUUUAGCCCCCACUGACUAUUCUCUCUCUUUUUUGCUCUGAUGUGGAUUCACAUUAGGCUCUAAAUAGCUGGGCUGAUACUUGCUGGUAUCUUAGGGUCCUGCCCUGGCAUUGUCUCCUGUUACAUCUUCUUUUUAUGUUAUAAAUCAAUAAAGUAGUUCUGUUGUAGAUAUUGUGGGAGACUUUGUAGCCAUGAGCAGGUUACCUCCUUCUAGCUUUUUGGGAUCCAAGCACAUUUUAACAGGUUGCAGUUUUUUCUUUUUGGAUUAUCCCCUAUUCAUCAAUAAAAGCCAGUAGAGCGUGUUCCCCCUCUCCUUACUUGAGUUGCAGGGUGAACAUUCUCUCUUAGAUUCUAUUUUUAUACUCUUAGUAUUUGGGUCCAAGCCAUAUUUGGUGGAUCUGGCACCACCAUACUGACCACUGUGUGUUUAUUCCAGUUUCUUCUGGGGUCACACACAUCAUUAUUAUUUUUUGUAUUUACGGGUAGGAUUGUCAACGUAGCUUUCUCCUGUGAUGGGCGGUUUUGGCGGCGUAGCUUUCUCCUGUGACAGGUGGGUUUGGCGGCGUAGCUUUCUCCUGUGACGGGCAGGAUUGGCGGCAUAGUUUUCUCCUGUGACGGGCUGGAUUGACGGCGUAGUUUUCUCCUGUGACGGGCAGGAUUGGCGGCGUAGCUUUCUCCUUUGACGGGCGGGAUUGACGGCGUAGUUUUCUCCUGUGACGGGCUGGAUUGACGGCAUAGUUUUCUCCUGUGACGGGCAGGAAUGGCAGCGUAGCUUUCUCCUUUGAUGGGCGGGAUUGACAGCGUAGUUUUCUCCUGUGACGGGCAGGAUUGGCGGCGUAGCUUUCUCCUGUGAAGGGCGGGAUUGGCGGUGUAGUUUUCUCCUGUGACAGGCAGGAUUGGCAGCGUAGCUUUCUCCUUUGACGGGCGGGAUUGACGGCGUAAUUUUCUCCUGUGACGGGCAGGAUUGGCGGCGUAGCUUUCUCCUGUGAUGGGCGGGAUUGGCGGCGUAGUUUUCUCCUGUGACGGGCAGGAUUGGUGGCGUAGUUUUCUCCUGUGACGGGCAGGAUUGGCGGCGUAAUUUUCUCCUGUGACGGGCAGGAUUGGCGGCGUAGCUUUCUCCUAUGACGUGCAGGAUUGGUGGCAUAGUUUUCUCCUGUGACGGGCAGGAUUUGCGGCGUAGCUUUCUCCUUUGACGGCGGGAUUUGCGGCGUAGCUUUCUCCUUUGACGGGCGGGAUUGGCGGCAUACCUUUCUCCUGUGACGGGCGGGAUUGGCAGCGUAGCCUUCUCCUGUGACGGGCGGGAUUAGGGGCGUAGCUGUCUCCUGUGACGGGCGGGAUUAGGGGAGUAGCUUUCUCCGGUGACGGGCGUAGCUUGCAGUCAGUGUCUGUUUACUAUUGUUAUAUUUCUUAUUUGUGUUUAAGUUUUUUGUUUUUUUUCUGCAACAGGAUGAUAAAAUAUACGUGCAACAUCGGGUAAAGGCAAAUGGACCUCUUCUGUGGGAUUUAAUCAGCAAGAAACAUGGCUAUUUCUACAUUGCUGGGUAAUAUGCUGGAGGAUCCUAAUGUUUCAUUUACACCGUGCUAAUACUAGUUACAAAUAGUAAUAAUCUAAUACCAGUUACACCGUGCUAAUACUAGUUACUAAUAGUAAUAAUCUAAUACCAGUUACACGGCGCUAAUACUAGUUACUAAUAGUAAUAAUCUAAUACCAGUUACACCAUGCUAAUACUAUUUACUAAUAGUAAUAAUCUCAUACCAGUUACACGGCGCUAAUACUAGCUACUAAUAGUAAUAAUCUCAUACCAGUUACACGGCGCUAAUACUAGCUACUAAUAGUAAUAAUCUCAUACCAGUUACACGGCGCUAAUACUAGCUACUAUUAGUAAUAAUCUCAUACCAGUUACACGGCGCUAAUACUAGCUACUAAUAGUAAUAAUCUCAUACCAGUUACACGGCGCUAAUACUAGCUACUAAUAGUAAUAAUCUCAUACCAGUUACACGGCGCUAAUACUAGCUACUAAUAGUAAUAAUCUCAUACCAGUUACACGGCGCUAAUACUAGCUACUAAUAGUAAUAAUCUCAUACCAGUUACACGGCGCUAAUACUAGCUACUAAUAGUAAUAAUCUCAUACCAGUUACACAGCGCUAAUACUAGCUACUAAUAGUAAUAAUCUCAUACCAGUUACACAGCGCUAAUACUAGCUACUAAUAGUAAUAAUCUCAUACCAGUUACACAGCGCUAAUACUAGCUACUAAUAGUAAUAAUCUCAUACCAGUUACACAGCGCUAAUACUAGCUACUAAUAGUAAUAAUCUCAUACCAGUUACACAGCGCUAAUACUAGCUACUAAUAGUAAUAAUCUCAUACCAGUUACACAGCGCUAAUACUAGCUACUAAUAGUAAUAAUCUAAUACCAGUUACACAGCGCUAAUACUAGUUACUAAUAGUAAUAAUCUCAUACCAGUUACACAGCGCUAAUACUAGUUACUAAUAGUAAUAAUCUCAUACCAGUUACACAGCGCUAAUACUAGUUACUAAUAGUAAUAAUCUCAUACCAGUUACACAGCGCUAAUACUAGCUACUAAUAGUAAUAAUCUCAUACCAGUUACACAGCGCUAAUACUAGCUACUAAUAGUAAUAAUCUCAUACCAGUUACACAGCACUAAUACUAGCUACUAAUAGUAAUAACCUCAUACCAGUUACACAGCGCUAAUACUAGCUACUAAUAGUAAUAACCUCAUACCAGUUACACAGCGCUAAUACUAGCUACUAAUAGUAAUAAUCUAAUACCAGUUACACAGCGCUAAUACUAGCUACUAAUAGUAAUAAUCUAAUACCAGUUACACCAUGCUAAUACUAGCUACUAAUAGUAAUAAUCUAAUACCAGUUACACAGUAUUGAUACCAUCUAUGUGUUGCUAUUAUUAGUUACUAUGAGAUCUAUUACUGAUUACACUGUGCUAAUUUUAGAUACUCGGUAUUACUUGUAUUAUUAUGGAGGUCGUUGUAAUAUAUUUACAAAGUAAACAUGCUUCUGUCUUCUCUUUGGCACCUUUGUUGUGAUUAGAAAUGCCAAGUCGAUGCCUGGAGAGGUAACGGACGCCUUGAAGUCUAUAUUCUGCUCAGAAGGUGGGAUGUCGCCUGUCGAAGCUGAAGAGUACCUGGUCCAGCUUGAGAAAUCUCGCCAUUUUCAAUCUGAAACCUGGUCAUAAAUCCUCGUUAUCCCCCUCAAACUACAGGACCAAAUUAGCAAAUUCUGAUGGCCGACACUAAGCGUUAUUAAAAAAAACAAUAUUUUAUUAUUAUUUAAGCCUUUCUGGCAGAUUGUCAGAUAUCUCGUGUUACAUUAUUGAUAAAAUAAACUGCGUUAGAAUUAAACAAACCAUCAGAUUGACGUGACCCCACGAUUCCACCAGUUAUCAAACAUUGUACACUCGCCAUAGCUUGCGCAAGCAGUGACUAUUCUAUUCUGGGUACAAAUAAAGUUGCAGUGUAGUCACCAUCUGUGUGAGGUCUAUUCAAGGCAUGACUGUUGGAUGGUAUGAUGGCGUGAUUGAAGAAUCGCUAUUGGAGGGGCAAUGGAACACACUAUCAAGUUGUCUUUGAUGACUGGUGGUACAUUGAUUGUCAGUCACAGAUUGUAAAGGCUCUGCCUUCCAGCAGAGAUAGUAGGAGCUGCCUCAUCGAGGGAGCUGGUUCCUGAAGAACAUCCACAAUACAGAGUAAAACCUGUGCUUUUAGAUUGGUAUAAAUGAACAGUAUAUAAUUAAGGUUAAACAAUUAUUAUCCACAGGAAAUGCCCAAUUCCACCAAGAUCUUUAUAAAUAAUGUCAGACAGAGAGAUAGAGGUUUAUAUAUUAAAGGGGAACCGUCCCUCCUUUUGGAAUUUACACCAACAAAACAAUUAGCUUUAGCUUGUGUUAACCUGUUUAUAUUUUUAAUGCGAUGAUUCGUGUCACAAUCCAGUUCAGUCCUGGCACAGCCAAGGCAUCCAUCGUAUCGAGGGAGAAUCAAAAACAUUCUGUUUCAUCUCUUCCACUAAAUAUAUUCCAAGUCAGAAAAGGACAAAAUUUCUAGCGAUGAUUGGCUAGAUGGAGGAUCUUUUCCAGGUUUGAUGUCAAUAAAGAGAUGGGGAUUUAUACAGCUAAAGGAACUAAAUCGGUUUCCAUUGGUGUUUUUAAGGAAUAAGUUGCAUCCAUGGUGGGGCGGGUUGGGCAAUAAAUAAUACAAGGUAUUAAAGAACACUUGAUAAGUCUAUCAGAAAUCAUUUGCUCAAGUGAAAAUACAAACAGAUGGCUUCAACAAUCCCCAAUCUGUUACAAAACAGUCCCUGAGUUUGUCAAUAUCGGCAUUCCUGAAUUAGGGUUACAGGGGAUGAGGUUAAACAGAGAGGAUCGUGAUCAAACAUAUUAUUUUACUAUUGGGGAACUCCUUUUAGACUUGUGCACACAUACAUUUCAGCUGCGACAAAUCAAAUGGCUGUUAAUCCUAUAAGAAUCCACAGGUAAAUCCUGGAUGGAUUGAUUGGUUUGGGCGUAGAUUAAAACAAACUUGAUUCCUACUUUGUUUUAGAAUUGGGCCACUCUCUAUAUUUACCCCUUUUCCAUUAGAGACCAUCUCCCGUCAGCUUCUGUGAGAAUCAGUGCCUUCUGCUUUGAACUAUAAUUCUCUAAUGACUUUUAAAUCAUCGUUUUUAUAAAAUAAGACUAAAGGGGACCUUCAGUUAACCUGUAAAGCAAUUCAACACGAUUUCUGUUCCCUUCUCUCAAAACACAGAAUUGGUAAAUAGAGAGCAUAAUUAAACAAUAGUAAAUAGGAUAAAUUAAUAAGGGAAUUACAAGUUUUAGACCAGAGGUAGGCAACUUUCAACAUUUUAGAUAUUGUGGACUAUAUCUCCCAUGAUGCUUUAUCAGUCUGAUAAAUCAUGUAAUAACGUACGUAGUGUAUAUUAUCUGUAUUAUACCGGGAUAUAUCUCUGAUAAAUCAUGUAAUAACGUACGUAGUGUGUAUUAUCUGUGUUAUACCGGGAUAUAUCUCUGAUAAAUCAUGUAAUAACGUACGUAGUGUGUAUUAUCUGUGUUAUACCGGGAUAUAUCUCUGAUAAAUCAUGUAAUAUCGUACAUAGUGUGUAUUAUCUGUGUUAUACCGAGAUAUAUCUCUGAUAAAUCAUGUAAUAACGUACGUAGUGUGUAUUAUCUGUGUUAUACCGGGAUAUAUCUCUGAUAAAUCAUGUAAUAUCGUACAUAGUGUGUAUUAUCUGUGUUAUACCGGGAUAUCUCUGAUAAAUCAUGUAAUAACGUACGUAGUGUAUAUUAUCUGUGUUAUACUGGGAUAUAUCUCUGAUAAAUCAUGUAAUAACGUACGUAGUGUUUUAUUAUCUGUGUUAUACCGGGAUAUAUCUCUGAUAAAUCAUGUAAUAACGUACGUAGUGUGUAUUAUCUGUGUUAUACCGGGAUAUCUCUGAUAAAUCAUGUAAUAACGUACGUAGUGUGUAUUAUCUGUGUUAUACCGGGAUAUCUCUGAUAAAUCAUGUAUUAACGUACGUAGUGUGUAUUAUCUGUGUUAUACCGGGAUAUAUCUCUGAUAAAUCAUGUAUUAACGUAUGUAGUGUGUAUUAUCUGUGUUAUACCGGGAUAUAUCUCUGAUAAAUCAUGUAAUAACGUACGUAGUGUGUAUUAUCUGUGUUAUACCGGGAUAUCUCUGAUAAAUCAUGUAAUAACGUACGUAGUGUGUAUUAUCUGUGUUAUACCGGGAUAUCUCUGAUAAAUCAUGUAUUAACGUACGUAGUGUGUAUUAUCUGUGUUAUACCGGGAUAUAUCUCUGAUAAAUCAUGUAUUAACGUACGUAGUGUGUAUUAUCUGUGUUAUACCAGGAUAUAUCUCUGAUAAAUCAUGUAAUAACGUACGUAGUGUGUAUUAUCUGUGUUAUACCGGGAUAUCUCUGAUAAAUCAUGUAAUAACGUACGUAGUGUGUAUUAUCUGUGUUAUACCGGGAUAUCUCUGAUAAAUCAUGUAUUAACGUAUGUAGUGUGUAUUAUCUGUGUUAUACCGGGAUAUAUCUCUGAUAAAUCAUGUAAUAACGUACGUAGUGUGUAUUAUCUGUGUUAUACCGGGAUAUAUCUCUGAUAAAUCAUGUAAUAACGUACGUAGUGUUUUAUUAUCUGGGAUAUAUAUCUGAUAAAUCAUAUAGUGCUUAUUAUCUGUAUUAUACUGGGGUAGUUUUUUAUGCCGGGUCAGAAAUCAAACAAGUUAAAGGCGAC